AUGCUCAGCCAAGUGGAACAGAACUCUCCAUUUCUACCCCCCCAAAUAAAGGACUAUCCACCUGGAGAUGGCCUACGAGGAGGCGGGGCGAAUGGAUCCAGACCCAGAUGGAGCUUUGGGUUCGAGGCGGCAACGAUGAAGUCGCCGGAGCUGGAGAGCGGAAAAGGGGACGGCGAAAGCAAGCAGCAAAGUGAACACUUUCGUCCCUUGGAACGAGUUGAGGGGGGAGGAAAGGGGUUGGACUUACGUCGUGCCGGAUUGGAGGAUGGGACCGUCGGCGAUGUGGCGAGGUCGGGGCGGGUGAGCUAA